GCGAAACUUCUGCCAAAAAAGGCAUCCGUGAAGAAACACAAAAGGAGAAAAAAGUACAUUUGAAGGACAUAUUUAGUGGCAGGAUGAAAAGGUAUGAAAAUAUUGUGGAGCCGAGUUUUAAAGAUAAUCAAGAGAGUAAAUAUAGGUAAUAAAGAUCAAUUUUAAAAAAAUCAAAUAAACCUUAUAAUAAUAAUAGUGUGGACAUGGCAAGACCCUGGGUUGCUUUUUCUAACCCGAGUUGAAUUUCCACAAUGGGUCUGAACCCUUUUGCGGUCAAAUAGGCCGGUCACAACAUCCUUCCCCUCACCCCCAGAAGAGUUUAAGAUCUGCAAAAUGACGAUGAAAUAAUUAUGUUCGUUGUUCUUUUAGACAGUUAGAAGAGCUUUGUCAACAGUCACCUGCAGGUUGUAUCAUGCAAUCUGAAUUUUCCGAGGAUAGUACGCAAAAUGGAAAGAGAAAGAGAAAGAAGAGCAAGAAGGAAAAAAAACAUGGAAGCAGAGGGAGAAAAAACAAAAGGAAGAUGUCAACUUCGAGCGAAAUAAACCAAGAGACGGAUGAAACCUGUCCUUAUGUGGAUCCACCGACAGACGAUGAAGAUUAUGAAGAGGAUGACGGCAGCGAGUGUCUGAAAACUCAACAAAUAAUUGGCGAUUAAAACGAUG